AUGGCACCAAAGAAAUCAUCUCGUCGCAAGAAGCCGGAGCUCCUGCCCUCGGCGAUCGAAGAGCUGAACAACUCUGAUCCCAAUAUGAAGCGGGCUGCCCGUUCGAUCGAGGAGGACGUCUCCGAGGCUCUUGCUAAGACUAAGACCCAGCAUAAACAGACCAAGCGCACAAACGCCAGAGUCAAAAAGGAAUGUCCUAACUUGUCGAUGGCGAGAUAUUGGGCGGAGAAAGCAGAGUCUCUCAAUCAGCCUUUCGAAGUUGUUCUUCCUCGCAACAAUCCUGCCCCGUUCAAACUUGGCUACGACGGCCUAGUCCGCCCUGCAUCACCUAAGGAGGUCCCCAAAUACGAGGAUGUGAUCGACGCUCCACCUCUCUCGAACGAUGCCAUCGCUGCCAUUCUGAAACAGACUAAGUUGGAGUGUCCCAAGGCCCAGGGGUGGAUCCAUGCCCAUGAGGUGAGCAAGGCAGCUAAAGAAAAAAUGGACGCAAAGAUGGCCGAGAGAGAGAAUCUCAGGAAGAAGGUGGCGCACAAACUGCGUGACAAGGCCCGCGAGGCCGCCAGACAGUCUGGUGCGCCCAGGCACGAGAUUAAAGCUUUUCUUGCAAAGCUGCCCAAGGAGGAAGGUGAUGGCAAGGGCGAGGAGGAAAAUAGUAGGGAAGCGCAGAUGGAGAGAGUGAGACUGGCGCAUGAACGUCUCCAGAAGGCAAUUGAGGAGUUUCAUAUCAACAAAUAUGCACUGCUGCCCAUGGAGGCGAGUGAUGUUCUCUUUCUGAUUCAGUCUUCACCUUUCGCGGGCGAUGGUCCGAAGACUGUCGGGGAUACACUCAUUGAUCAUGAUAAUGCAGCAGGAUGA